AAAACGAAUUGACAAUUCAACUGAAUUUUUCCAUUUUACAUCGAAUCAAGUAGGCCAAAAAGAUUUUCAAUAUCUGGAGAUUAUCUCUGGGAUUUAUCGUCCUUUUAUUGAUUGAUUUUCGGGGUUUGCUAAAGUGAUAUCUCAUUUUCUGGUGUAGAAACAAAGCCAUUCUUCCACUUGUAAACUCAUUCGAAACAAACGCCGGCUGAGCAAACACAUAAAAUACAAACAACAACUUUUAUUGAUUAUUGUCCUAUUCUCUUCCAUCAAGCAUUUCAGCUAAGAAUCAUGGCAUAUAACGAUGAGGCCGUUCUUGCAAAACUUUCGGCGUUGAAUGAGACGCAGGAAAGUAUUGUGAGUUACCAUUCUAGUAUCUCAGGUAAUGAAUGUUAGACUAAUUUGUGUUUCUAGGUCACUGUCGCUCAAUGGAUUAUGUUUCAUAGGUAUGUAAACAAUCUUUGUAUUAUUGGAGUUUUAAUGUGUUAAUUUAUUGUUUAGGAGAUAUGCCGAUCGUACUGGACAACUUUGGCUUCAAAAGUUGAAGGAUUCUGGAAGUAAUAAGAGAUUGAAUUUGGUCUAUCUAGCAAAUGGUAAGCUUUUUUUUUUUCAUUUUGGAGUUAAAUCCGCCUUGAAAGUUCAGGGUGUGUAAAACUAUAUUCCAUCAUUCAGAUUGCAGCUAAUAAUGUUGUCUUUUGCAGAAGUUGCACAACAAUCGAAAGCUAGGCGCAAGGAUGAUUUCCUCAUUGCAUUUUCUCCUGUAAUUGCAGAGGCUACAGCAACUGCCUACAAAGGAGCUACGAGUGAUGUCCAAAACAAAUUGAAGAGAGUCGUGGAAGUUUGGAGACAGAGGCAGAUUUUCGAGAUUCCUAUACAAGAUGCAGUUGAGGCUAGAAUUGAGGGUAGGUCUAUUUGCGGAUAAGAAAUAGCUUAUACUGAUGGAUGCAGAACUCGAGAAAUCCAGAUCUUCAAACAGAAAAGGAUUGGGCGGAUCCCUUUUCUCCAGCAAUUCAUCAUCAGCACCAAGCGAACUUCAACCUCUUGUUGCACCUCAACAAACCAUAUCCAAAUUAGUGCUUUCUACGAAGACUGCUACUAACUCCGCGAACAGUGAUUAUGAAAAGCUCACAGAUCCAAAUACACCAACACCUUCUGCACCAGUCCAUGCUGCUCGACUCAAUGGCCUUCUUAAGACUUUAGCAAACGCCGAAGGGGCUGUAGCUGAAGUUAUUAAAUCGCGUAAUUUGUUAAUUGAAGGAUUGGAGAAAUUGCUAGAGACAAACCGUAAUGCCUUAGCAGAAGAAAAGGCCCAACUCAACCUCCUCUCUACGCGACGCACCGAGAUUGACACUAAGAAGAGGGAGGUGGAAGACAGUAUUAUGCGAGGAUUCGCAAACAGCAGUGAAAGCACACCCGCAGAUGGCAGUCCAGGAAACCAAAUGGCUACUCCUAAAUCUGAACCUGAUCGCCCGGAAGUCGAACCCUUGUCACCUCCAUUGCGGCCCAUGAAAGAAGAAUCUAUUCAGCAAGAGCCACUUCCAGACUUUGACCUUAACGCCUCGGCUGGUGUUACCAAUGGUUCAAUUUAUGCAUCUCAGUCCAUGUCACCAACUUCUGGUUUGGAUUUGCUAAGUAGUGUUUCUACUAGUUAUGGACGCAGCAAUUCACUAGGUAACUUGAAGAAGAGGAAGUUGAAUGAUGAUUUUCCAGAAAUGGGUGGCGAUGCUAUGGAGGGUUUGGAUGCGGAUGUUGCUGAGAUGUUGAGGCAGGAUACUGGUGCUGCUUAAGAAAGGGAUCGAGGGACGACGUUGUGGGAUAUUUAAGGAGGGGCGUCAUCAAUGAGAAAUAAAUUUUGUAGUCAGUGGAUGGAUUGCGUGAGCUAGAGCUGACACUAGGUGAGAUUAUGGUUGUAGGAUAUGUACUGGUAAAAUGGGAGCCGGGUGAAGUGAUAACUGGGAGAUUGCAAAAUGCAAAAAGCAAGAUUGUCGAAAGAAAUAUACCAUGGCGUGCGGAUAUGGAUGGGCACUUAUUUGUAGUUGUAGUGGAGAAUGAGAU